AUGGGCCUCCCGCUGAGAAUGAACAACCUCCACGCACCCACCGUCCCCUCGGGGCCGACCACGGCCAGGGCCGCAAACGGCAACUCGGCGCACCUCUCCUUCGCCGAGCUCCAGCGCGCAAAGGACAACGUCGAGGCCGAGCUCAAGGCCCUGAGCAGCGUGCUCGACUCGCACGGCGUCGACAUGCACACGAGCCUCCUGACCCCGGACGGCUUCCCGAGGGCCGACAUCGACGACCUGAUGGCCAAGAUCGAGAAGCACAUCCACGAGCACUUCGCCAGCCUCGCAGAAGGCGCCGCCGACGCCGACGCCGACGCCACCCCCGCCGCUGCCUCGUCGUCCGCAGACGCCGGCCGGGAGCCCGCCCUGCGGGACUACGUCCCAGAGCAGCUGGGCGACCCGUUCGCGAAGAUCAACACGGUGGCCCCGGGGAGCCCCGCCGCCUCGGCCGGGCUGCAGCCGGGUGACCUGAUCCGGAAUUUUGGCUACGUCGACGCCGCCAACCACGACCAGCUGAAGAAGGUCGCCGAAUGCGUCCAGGGCAACGCCGGCCAGAGCGUCCUCGUCAAGAUCUCGAGGCCCAGCGCCGCGCCAUCGCAAAGAGAACUACAGUUGACGCUGGUGCCGAGGCAGGGCUGGGGCGGCCGGGGACUGCUGGGAUGCCACAUAUUGCCUCUUUGA